AUGCGCAAGCAACUUGAUCCUCGUAUACCCGUACUAAUUAACAAUAAUGUCAAGAAAAAUCACCGGUCCUUCAUAGUUCUGGUCGGUGAUAAGGGGAGGGACCAGAUCGUGAAUCUCCACUUUUUGCUUUCACAGGCGCGUGUGUCGGCACGCCCUUCAGUACUAUGGUGCUAUAAAAAGGAUCUUGGUUUUACCGCGGCACGAAAAAAGCGAGAGGCGAAAAUUAAGCGGGACGUGAAGAGAGGUGUGCGGGAGCCAAACGAGCAAAAUCCAUUCGAGAUUUUUGUGACUGUCACAGAUAUCCGUUAUACCUAUUAUAAAGAAUCACACCGUAUAUUGGGAAACACCUAUGGCAUGUGUAUCCUGCAAGAUUUUGAGGCAAUCACACCCAAUCUCUUGGCACGCACUAUUGAGACGGUAGAAGGCGGUGGACUAGUGGUACUUCUCCUGAAAACAAUGUCAUCUUUGAGGCAAUUGUACACUCUUACCAUGGAUGUACAUGCCAGGUACAGAACCUCGUCUCAUGAUUCGGUAGUUGCGCGAUUUAACGAACGGUUCAUUCUCUCCCUGGGAUCUUGCUCGGACUGCUUGGUUUUGGAUGAUGAACUGAAUGUCUUGCCCAUAUCUAAAGCCAAGGAUAUCACCCCGAUUGAAGAGGAACGCGGGAAGGGUAAGGUGGACUCCGAGCUCAAAAACCUCAAGGAUAGUCUGGCAGACACAAAACCUGUGGGCGAGCUCGUCAAACUUGCAAAAACCAUAGACCAGGCUCGAGCUGUUCUAACCUUUGUUGAUGCGAUUGCCGAGAAGACACUCUCAUCCACCGUCACGCUCACCGCAGCUCGAGGUCGUGGUAAAUCUGCGGCGCUAGGCUUGGCAAUCGCUGCCGCUCUCGCUCAUGGAUACUCAAAUAUUUUUAUUACGAGUCCCAGUCCAGAAAACUUGAAUACACUUUUCGAAUUCAUCUUCAAGGGCAUGGAUGCUCUCGGUUACGAGGAGCACUUGGACUACGACAUUGCACAGAGCACGAAUCCGGAGUUUAAUAAGGCCAUCGUCCGUGUAAAUGUGUUCCGUCAGCAUCGUCAGACCAUUCAGUACAUCCAACCUGAGGAUGCACACGUUCUUGGUCAGGCCGAGCUAGUUGUCAUCGAUGAGGCAGCCGCCAUCCCCCUUCCCCUUGUCCGCAACCUCCUGGGCCCGUACCUUGUUUUCAUGGCCUCGACAAUCAACGGAUACGAAGGCACAGGGCGCUCUCUUUCUCUCAAACUUAUUCAACAACUCCGCGAAAGUACCCGACCUUCACUCACAAAAGAUGCUACUGCGCCUGUUGAAGAUGGUGCUACUGCCUCAACUUCCAAAAAGCCCACGCGCUCCGCCGCCCCUAAAGUUCGAACCCUUCGUGAAAUCAAGCUUGAAACACCUAUCCGAUACUCUGCUGGCGAUCGCAUCGAAAAAUGGCUGAAUGGCCUUCUCUGCUUGGAUGCGGCCAUCGUACCCAAGGCCGCUCAACAGGGCUGCCCGCACCCUUCUUCAUGCGAACUGUACUAUGUCAGCCGAGAUACGCUCUUUAGCUAUCACCCCGCAUCAGAGAUGUUCUUGCAGCGCAUGAUGGCGUUGUAUGUUGCCAGUCACUAUAAGAACCAACCAAACGACCUCCAGUUGAUGUCGGACGCCCCAGCACAUCACCUUUUCGUGCUCCUACCCCCAAUAGCAGACGACGAGUCUCAUCUUCCGGAGCCACUUGUCGUACUGCAAGUCGCACUGGAGGGGAAUAUCAGCAAAGCCGCCAUCAUGGAUGGCCUGAGCCGCGGUUUGCGAGCAGGAGGUGACAUGAUCCCUUGGCUUGUCUCCCAGCAGUUCCAAGAAAGCAAAUUUGCCCUCCUCUCUGGUGCCCGGAUUGUACGGAUCGCAACCCAUCCCGAUUAUGCAAAUAUGGGGUACGGAUCCCGGGCUCUGAAAGCGCUAAAUUCUUUCUACAGCGGAGAGUACUUUAACCUGGAUGAAGCUACUCCCGCCGAACCCUCCUAUCCAGAUGCAGCAGCCCUAGAUCCGGAAACGGAUCUUAAAACGGAUCACCCCACAGUGCGUGCUCCUGAGGCGAUGCCCCCACUUCUCCAGAGGUUAUCAGAAAGGAAACCUGAAUCUUUGGAUUACCUUGGGGUCUCAUAUGGCCUAACGCCUCAACUUCUUCGCUUCUGGAAAAGAGCUGGAUAUGUACCAUUAUACAUCCGUCAAACACAAAGCGAGCUCACGGGAGAGCAUACAUGCGUUAUGGUCCGGGGACUCGACAGUUCGAUCGAUGGCGAACUUGAGUGGAUGGGCGAGUUUUCGAAAGAUUUCAGGCGGCGGUUCCUAUCUCUGCUUUCUUUCAAGUUCCGUGAGUUCAACAGCGUCACUGCGCUAAGCGUACUCGAGGCUGCGGAUAUCGGUGUGAAGAAGCUUGAUGGGAAGAAAUCGCGAGCUGUUGAAUCGUCAGAGCUCUCCAUCCUCAUGUCACCAUUUGACCUAAAGCGUCUAGAGUCAUAUGCCAAUAAUAUGCUUGACUAUCACGUUGUCCUCGAUCUCCUCCCAAUAGUAGCUUCUCUGUAUUUCGAAGGACGGUUAGGAGAUGACGUGAGGCUGAGCGCGGUUCAGGCCUCCAUCCUUCUUGGUCUCGGUCUUCAACGAAAGACCAUCGAGGAGGUCGAGGGUGAGCUAUCGCUGCCGGUAUCACAGGCACUCGCUUUGUUUGUGAAGGUUAUCCGCAAGAUCACAAAGCAUCUUGUCGACAUCCAGAAGGCUUCGAUUGGCGCCGAUAUUCCGUUGGCCCUUCCAACCACGACUUCACGUGUUGGGGAUGGUGGCGAGCCUGCACAGUGGAAACCUAUUGAAACACAUAUCGACGACGAGUUAAACGAGGCUGGCGAUGAAGCAACAAAAGCACUUCGCGAAAAGCAACGCGAGAUGAUCGACUCCCUGGAUCUGAGCAAGUAUGCUAUUAACGAUGCCAGCGCGGAUUGGAGUGUCGCCGAGGCGCAAGUAUCGAGGCUUGCUAAGGGAGAAGGAGCCACUGUUAUUAGUGUGAAGACGACCGAACCUACUGCUGGCAAAAAGCGGAAAGCGGAAGGUGGAGAUGAUAAGGAUAAAAAAACGACGAGAAGGGGCAAGAAGUCGAGGCGCUGA